GUAGCAGCCUGUUUUUGUGACGUCACAAAAACAUCUCUUGGUGGAAGUGUUUCGCUGUUGCGAGAUUACGAAUACGACCAAGAUUGGCGAUAUUGGCAUUUUGGCAGCCUUUAUUCGUGACGUCUCAAAAAUAACUCGGCAACAAGAACUCGGCGAACGCAGCAAGGAGAGUAAAAGUUUGCAGCGUGUCAAAAAAUGGCGGACCUGGACGAUUUCUUUGCUAAAAAGGACAAGAAAAAAAGCAAGGGCAAGGGCGGUGGGCGCUUUAGCACAGUAGAACAAGUAGCCCGAAAACUGGAAGAAACGCCGGGUAACACACUGUCAGCUCCUCGAACGCGGGCUAAAAAGGAGUCCAAGGAUGGCGAGUCGGGUCAACAGUGUCACGAAGAAGACGAAUGGCGCGAGUUCGAGGAGGAGAAAAAGGACUACUCUGGCCUCCGAAUCCAAAACAUGCAACUGUCCGAGGCGGAUGAAGCAGGUGCUGCCUCUGACUCUGACAAUGAUGCUGCUGAGGCCGCCCGUCGUGCAUGGCAAACUGCGCCAGCUGCCCCUAAAGACUCAGAUGAAGAAGAGGACCCGGAAGCCCCUGAGCCAGACCCCUCGCCUCCACCACCAUCCUCUGCUAAUGCCCCCUCAGCCUAUGUGCCACCUCACUUGAGAAGCGGUGCCGCUCCCUCAUCGUCACCAGCUCCUAGUGGAAGUAGUGUUAACCGUGGUUCUCGAAGUCGUACUGCCCCUGAUAUCAACAAUGAGGCCUUUUUCCCUACGUUGUCAGCUGCUUCUGCUACCGAGCCUACUGGAGCUUGGGGAAAAAAGAGUCGAAGUCGUGACGACGAGCGAGGUUUUGAAGAUGUACGAAACAGCAAGAGCCACUCUAAUAGGCAUGAAACAUCUACGGGUGGAAGCCAACGACCUGUGUCCAUGGAGAAUAAGUUUUCUGCGCUUCGAGGUGCAGAGCAGAACUGAAUUGUGAUUGAGUGAAUGCAGCCCAAAUCUGAUAGAAGAGUGCUCCCACCACCUGCUACUGAAUCAUAUGCAGAUUGUUGGCAGAAUUAAUAAUAAUAAAGCAACAUUUCUUUUUUGUAAAAAAAAAA